AUGCCAUCGACACCACAGAGCACCGACAACGUCCAGGUCGCUGCCUCCAACCAGACUCUAAAUGCCUUCCUAGGCGGGCGUAGGCCGUCCUGGUAUCAGAACACCCAGAGCACGACUGGUCUGAAGCCAAGAAGAUCUACGAUCCGCCCAGCAUCUCAAUCGAAAGCAGCGGAGAAUCGUGUGCACAAAACCCCUGUUACGGAGAACGGGGACGGGGUCAAGGACGUGGCCCCAGACGACCAGAUAGCUUCGCAAACACACGACCAGCAACUGCCCACGGCUGCACCAAGAGCCGGCUCACUCCUCCCAUCGCCGGCUCUAACAAACGAACCAAGCCCGGCUCUUUCAACCCGUCAUGCGAGUCCAAGCGAACAGACGGGCAGCGAAUCAUUCCAGACUGAGGAUCGUAAUACAGAAGCUGAGCUGCGCGCACUCCAACAAUCGCCUGCCGCAAGCCAGCCAUCACCCGCUACGACAGAACCCCUCCAACCCGUUGAUGUUGGCAUGGUUCGUGUUGAGUAUGGCCUAAAGCCCCGGGUGAUCCAAGCGACUUCGGAGCCAGUUUCCUCUCAGGCCGGUUCGCCCACGGCACAGAGCGCUGGUCUUACUCCCGUUUUGACUACGUUGCCCGAUCCCCAAACACCUACAGCAACACCGACAGCAACACCGACAGCACCGGUCUUCGGCUCGACCGGCUCUGUUGCUCCAAGAACGAGAAAUGUUAGGCCGUCCUCGACCAGGAAAAGAGGCAGACCCUCUUCCACCUCUGCUGAUAAUCGAUCGCCUCAGCGGCCUCGCACAGGCAUGUCGCAUGAACAAGGAGUAAAUACAGACCUCGCUGGGCAGUGGCGGCAGUAUUGCCAGCAACUUGAUGACAGAAUCGCCGCUUCUGGUGGGUGGGCCAACCUGGGAAGUGGGAUUGAGUCACCCAGGUUCAAGUAUCUCCGAGAUGCUCUCGUAGCCGGCGAUGGCUUUUACGUGCUCCUCCACCAGUUGUUGUGUCUUUGGUCUCUGGACGCCAAUAGGGCGUACGGAGCAUUCCGAACCCUGGCCCGGACUACGGUUGACCACGGAUUCGGCUUUCUCAUGAACAUUCUUCGCCCCAAUUCACUCCUAGCUUACAAUUCCUUGGUAUGGUUUGCAGACUUCCCAAUACCCGUGUCUAGGGAUGGCCUGCUUGCAAUUCCUUCGUUGGCACCUCGUAUCGGUACUUUCCUGAAUGCAUUUGUCCAACGCUGGGACCCAAUGCUUUCUCAGGCAAGGGCACGGAAGUAUCCAUUGACAGCCUUCGAGCUGGGACCAACUCUGAAUUGCGAUUCGAGAAUCUUGCAAGGAACUUUCUUCACCGUUAGUCGGAGAGUUGUCGGUAUUCGGGAUUCCGUUGCUGGGCAGCUGAACGCUGUCUUUUGCAAAGACCAGGAAGAUGAAGCUCACCUAAGGGAAGCGGGGGCUCCAGCAGAUCUCCUUCAAAAAUACAGACAAGAUCGAGUUCACCAUUACUCAGAACUUGCUCGACAGGCUAAGCAAGCGGCAUACCAACCGGCGUGCCCCUUCAUAUCCUCCAAGCCCAACAGCAAGCGCUCGGCCAGCAUCCAAAUACCAACUCUCAGAUGA